GGGUUGAUGCCAGGGUGGUCCUGGCUCAAGUGGUUGCUGCCAUGGGCUGUCAUCCUUUGGAUGGCUUCUCCCAGCUUAGAUCCGUGCAACUGCAGUUCAGGGGCUGUAGAAAGAUCAUUCAGAUCUGUAAACUGGAGCUGCAGGCACCGAUGGGAUGUUCCCAGGGGCUGAUCAGUGCUGGGAUCGGCAGGUGGGAGAUCACAGAAUCACAGAACAUUCUGAGUUGGAAGGCACCCACAAGGACCAUCCCUUGAUGUCUCAGAGGGGUUCUCCCCAGCUGAGAUGGGGAGCAGGGAGUCAGGAGGCUGACAGCAGCCAUGCAGUGUGAUGGAGCACAAUGUGCCGUGGCAGGAGGGACAGCAGGUAUUCCCUGUCCUCUGCUGGAGGACUCCCCAGGGCCUGGCAUGAGCUUUCCUCCUCCCUGUCCCGCGCUGCCCGUGCUGCUGGGGCUGGUACCUGUGCUGCUGAUCACACCUGCAGCUCAGGGACACGGGCACUGCCUGUCACCUGCUCUGGGCACAGGCAGCGCGGUGCUGGGUGACACGGCAGGGACACGUGCGGUAACGAGGCCACGCGCAGCGCCGGGGGCAGGAGGAUGGGAAUUCAUUAGCGGCGCUGUGUCUCCUGUAAUCAGGAGGCAGGUGAUGCUUCUCCUUCGUCCGGGAACAGGGUUGCGUUAAAGAGAGACUGCAAUGCCAUCAUCCCAGCCACGGUCCAGGGCAAGGGACAGGAACAAUGUCCUCAACAGGGCUGAGUUCCUCUCCCUGAAUCAGCCCUUGAAGGGGAACCAGGAGAGCAGGAGCUCGGGAAGAAAGCAGAGCGGCCAGGCCGGGGCAGCCGGUGCCCAGAACACCAACCCCAAGGAGCGGAGGCAGUCGCAGCAGCUUCCCGAGGAGGAUUGCAUGCAGCUCAACCCCUCCUUCAAGGGAAUCGCCUUCAACUCGCUGCUGGCCAUCGAUAUCUGCAUGUCCAAGAGGCUGGGAGUGUGUGCCAACAGAGCCUCCUCCUGGGGUGGUGCCCGCUCCAUGAUCAACCUUCUGGGGAUAACGGGGCAUGGGAUCCCCUGGAUUGCGGGUACACUCAUCUGCCUGGUGAAGAGCAGCACGCUGGCGGGCCAGGAGGUCCUCAUGAACCUGCUGCUAGCCCUGCUGCUGGACAUCAUGAUUGUGGCUGGUUUGCAGAAGCUGGCCAAGCGGAAGGGCCCGUACGACAUCAACCCUGGCUUGUUGGACUACCUGACCAUGGACACCUACGCCUUCCCAGCCGGGCACGCCAGCAGAGUGGCCAUGCUCUCCAAGUUCUUCCUCAACCACCUGGUCUUGGCCAUCCCCCUCCGCAUCCUGCUGGUCCUCUGGGCCCUCUGUGUGGGGUUUUCCCGUGUCAUGAUCGGACGGCACCACAUCACAGAUGUCCUCUCCGGCUUUGUCUUUGGCUACUUGCAGUUCAGGCUGGUGGAGUUGAUAUGGAUGUCUUCCAACACGUGUCAGAUGUUGAUAUCCAUCUGGUGAACAUGGGGGACUUGACGCCUUUCCACUGGAAACUAGCAGAUACUUUGAGAGUCUCCCUCCCAGUAUUUUCUACAUGUUGUUUGUUGGAAGUAGUUGUAACUUCCAUGAGUAGUGGUGUUUUUUAAUGUUGCUUCCCCACCUUAAAAAAAAAAAAGGUUUCUUGCAAUGGAUUGGGUUUUAGCAAUCGAGGGCCAUACCUGUGUUUUGGCCAUUUUCUCAAGCUGUGUUUGGACAGCAAGCUAAUUAAGCUUUGCGGGUGAGAGAAAUGAGCUCCAUGUCUGCCUACUUUAGGUGGUUCACACUGGCACCUUGGUAUGUCCUCAGGAUGGGCAGUGCCUGAGAGCUUCCUGAGAACACAUUCAUUAACUUUUUUUGAGGCUAAAUGAUUUUGGCCACUGUGCUUUUUUCUUUUUGUAAGCCCAGCAGUUGUGUCUUCUACAGAGUCAGAACAGGCAAUGCUGGCCCUUUACAGAUAAUAAAUAAUCAUAAAAAUCC